CGGAUCUGCACAUCCUUGCUGACGCCAAUCGCGAUCGAUCGGCUGCAACAGCACGGAGCCGGGCAGCCCCUGGACCCGCUGCCUGGCGUCCCAGGGCCAGCUUUCCCAGCCAGCCAUGCCGGACUGGCGUGAGCCUGGGGCAGAGCUCAGCCGAGGCUUCUGCUUGGGGGUGGCUUCCUGGUGGCUGCAGGCGCUCGGACUCUCCAUGGGGCCCCCGUGAGACCUGGCCGGCUGCCUCCACCCUGCUGCUGCCCGGGCCGGGCCGGCCCUGGCCCUUCUCAUCUCUCUCCGGCAUGGAUCUCCUGCAGAAGAGCAAAUACAGCCACCUGCGGAAUGAGUCUGUCUCCUCUCUGGAGGAGGCGGUGGGGGGCCUGGGGGUCCCGGCCUCCCCGGUGGAGUCCCUCGCAGGCACGCGGUCUCUGCCUGGCUCCCUGUCCUCCUCCUCACUCGGCCCCGUGGCAUCUCUUGGGGAGCUCUCACCCGAGUCGGAGGACAGCCCCACCACCCUCUGCUCCUUCUUCCCCAAAAUGGCCAACCUGAAGCUCUCAAACCCCGCCAACCUGCUCAGCCUGCGGGGCUCCUUGGCCGGCGGCAGCCUGGGGGAGCCCAGCCCUGCUGGGACGCUUGCACUGGGACCAGGAGGGGCCGCCAGCCCCGACUCAGCGGGACCUGUCGCUGUCUGUUCCCAGGAUAUGAACAAGCUGAGCUGCGGGAAGAAGACGCGGGUGGAAGGCGGCCAACUGGGGGGUGACGAAUGGACCCGCCACGGCAGCUUCGUCAAUAAGCCCACCCGUGGCUGGCUGCACCCAGAUGACAAGGUCAUGGGCCCUGGGGUCUCCUACCAUGUCCGGUACAUGGGCUGCGUGGAAGUCCUCCAGUCCAUGAGGGCUUUGGAUUUCAACACCAGGACACAGGUCACCAGGGAGGCCAUUGGGCUGGUGUGCGAGGCCGUGCCCGGUGCCAAGGGAGCCGUGCGGAGGAGAAAGCCAGGCUGUGUCUGGCCUGGAGAGACCCUUCACCAUGCUCCCAUUUGCCCCCAGCCCUGCGGCCGCUCCCUGAACUCCAUCCUGGGCAAGAGCAACCUGAAGUUUGCCGGCAUGCCCAUCACCCUUACCAUCUCCACCAGCAGCCUCAACCUCAUGGCUUCUGAUUGCAAGCAGAUCAUUGCCAACCACCACAUGCAGUCCAUAUCCUUCGCUUCUGGGGGAGACCCGGACACAGCCGAGUAUGUUGCCUAUGUUGCCAAAGACCCCGUCAAUCAGAGAGCCUGCCAUAUCCUGGAGUGCCCUGAGGGCUUGGCGCAGGAUGUGAUCAGCACCAUUGGACAGGCCUUCGAGCUACGGUUCAAGCAGUACUUGAAGAACCCCCCAAAGCUGGUGACACCCCACGACAGGAUGGCAGGGUUUGAUGGCUCUGCCUGGGAUGAGGAAGAGGAGGAACCGGCCCCUGAUCAUCAGUACUACAACGACUUCCCUGGCAAGGAGCCUCCCAUUGGGGGCGUAGUGGACAUGCGGCUGCGGGACGGGGCUGCUCAGACCCCCAAUCACUUGGGGGCCACACUGCCUGUCGGCCAAACGUCCGGUGGGGACUACGACCCCCGGAAGCAGCACGUUCCUGCCCAAGGAGGGAGAGAGAAAUACCCAGCUCCCGUGGGCACAUCUGGCCGCACAGACCUGUUCGAUGACCCGUCUUACGUCAACGUGCAGAACAUGGACAAGGCGCGCCAGGCGUCAGCUGCUGGCAUCCCCGUGACAGCCAACGGCAGCACCCAGAGGGACCUCUUUGACAUGACUCCCGCCUCUCUCUCUGCAGAGCCCUUUGAAGAUGCCCUGCGUGUCCCCCCGUCUGUGCCUGUGGGGCUGCCCCCUGCCCAGGUGGUGGCCUCCAUGGAGGAGCAGCUGAGACGGGAGCCUUGGUACCACGGGAAGAUGAACCGUAAGGAGGCCGAGAAGCUGCUGAAGGUGAAUGGAGACUUCCUUGUGCGGGAGAGCACCACCACCCCGGGCCAGUAUGUGCUGACCGGCUUGCAGGGCGGGCAGCCCAAGCAUCUGCUGCUCGUCGAUCCCGAGGGAGUGGUGCGGACGAAGGACCACCGCUUCGAGAGUGUCAGCCACCUCAUCAGCUACCACAUGGACAAUCACCUGCCCAUCAUCUCGGCCGGCAGUGAGAUGUGCCUGCAGCAGCCGGUGGAGAGGAGACUGUGAGCGCCUGGGGGGCCCUGGUGUGCAGCCCCCCGGCCCUGCUCCCUGCCCCAGGGAGCCCUCAGACUCUCAGCUGGGUGAUCUGCCCGGGACCGAGCAUGGACUUGGCUGGGAACGGGUCCUGUCCCCCUCCGUAACAGGGGGUGCGGGCAGCAUGGCGUGAGCUGCCUGCAGGGCAGGGGGCUGUUCUUGCCAAAGCCCCCGCCUCCUCCCAGCUCCAGCCUUUGCACAGCAGCUCAGCUCCCACCAUCACCCGGCCGUGCCCCAGCUGCUCUCGCCGGUGCGGCCGUGGACUCGGGCUGGCAGAGCCGAGUGCCCCCGGGGCUGGGGGUGGCCUGGCCUUGCCCCCUUCCCCUGGGCCACGGAGGGGGCUGCGGGGGGCUCCGCUGCCCCAAGCACAAGGCCCAGCUGGCCCCGCACCGACUGUACCUGAUCACUUUACGUGUUAACUCUGUGCCUUGACCCUGCAGGUCCCACACUCUUAUGCAAUGCUGCGGGGUGGGGGGCUGGGGCAGAGCCCCCCCCUCCGCGCUCCGUGCCCCCUCCCGGGACGUGCCCUGCUCCCCGCACCCUCCGGGGUCCCGGCUGGGCACGGCCGGCUCCGGCAGCCCCGGGGGGCUCGGGAGCCCGCCCCUUGCAUGCACGGCGUUUCUUCCCCCUCCCCCCCGCCCCCAAGCCAAAGCGCAGCCCCGGGCCCGCCCUGGCCCCGCUAUACCAAAGGAACCGGCGGUUGGUAUUAAAGUUGGUAUUUCUCUA